AUGGCCAGUUUGGUCGCCAGGCAGAUUGCCAGGUCAUGGGGGCUUGGCUGCCGAGGGCUAGCAGCGGGAGCGGCUGGACCUGUGGGUUUUAUCGGCCUUGGAAACAUGGGUGGGCCAAUGGCGCGGAACCUCUUGAAAGCCGGACAUGAGGUUGUUGGGUUCGACGUUUCUGAAGACAACCUCACCAAGUUUGCCGAAGCUGGUGGCCGCCUUGCGCAGUCCCCGCUUGCCGUGGCUGCAGCUGCGCAGACGGUGGUCACCAUGCUUCCGGCUGGUGCACACGUUCGCGAGGUUUAUCUAGGGAAGGACGGGCUUCUGCUUGAUGGUGGAGCAAGCUCGGGGUCGCUUCUCAUCGACUGCUCCACCUGUGACGUGCACGUCACCAAGGAGGUGGCGACGGCCUCUGCGAGCAGAGGUGCCGUCGCUGUGGAUGCGCCUGUGUCUGGCGGCACGCCCGGGGCAGAGCAGGCCACGCUGACCUUCAUGGUUGGAGGGUCUUUGGAUGCCUUCGAAGAUGCCAGCCUCAUCCUGAAGCACAUGGGCAAGAAGGUCGUGCACUGUGGUGAUGCAGGAAUGGGCCAGGCAGCCAAGCUUUGUAACAACUUGGUUCUGGGAAUUACCAUGGCUGCUGUUUGUGAGGGCCAUGCUCUUGCGGAAAGCCUUGGCCUGGAUCAGAGGAAGCUGGCGGACAUCCUCAACACCAGCUCCGGCAGGUGCUGGAGCAGCGACACCUACAAUCCCUGCCCCGGUGUCAUGGACGGGGUUCCUUCAUCCAGAGGCUACACUGGGGGAUUUGCCUGUGAUCUGAUGCUGAAGGAUCUGAAUCUGGCCACCUCGGCCGCCUUCGUGUCCAAGCCCAAGCUCGGCCUUCCCCUCGGAGGUUUGGCUUUGCAGCUCUACUCCCAAAUGAGCGCUCGGGGAGACGGUGGCAAGGAACCCGCAGCCCGAAUUCCGAGGCCCAAGACAGUACCUCGGUUGCCCCAAAAGUCUCAGUUUCCCAUGGCGAAUCUGGUCGGGGAAGCCGUGAACGUGGACGCUAAUCAAAGUGCUCCUGUCGUCGGUGUUCCGGUGCAGGCCAAGGUGGACAGUGGCAAGCCGAAAGCAGAGGUUCCACCGUGCUGCUGUGGCCCAGAGCCAGGCUGUUGGGAGAAUUGCCUGCUCGGGACCUGCUUUGGCUGCUGUGGCCCUUGCGUCCCGUGUUGGAGUUUCUUCCUCCUCGGCUGGCUCUUCACCGUGCUCUUCGUCCGCGAGAUCGGGGUACAGGGCACUGACAUCUUCUCAUUCGAAGACCCUGCGGUAGAAAGCGACCUCAAAGUGCAACAGUGGUUUGGCUACCAAGCAGCCUUGAGCGAGAGGCCAGGCUGUGCUGACCAGGCGCACGAGGACGAGGACGUCUGCAAGGCUGAUGAGCUUUGCGAGUGGGUGACACGUGGCCCACGUGGAUUUUGCCAGGAGCUUGAGUGCCCAUCCGCUCCGCCCAAGGCACGGCAAAGCCCCUUGUACCUGGACUUUUUGCCGGCGUUCAUCAGCGUGAUCUAUGAGGCUGUCGGGGAGAAUGGAAACAUCUUGGAUGAUGACAUCAUUCAAAUCAUCAAGGACUACGAGACGGAGCUUUUCACAGACGUUGAUGGUGCUGAGUACACUUACAACGGUGCAAAGCGCCCUUCUCCAUGGAACGAGGACUGGUGUUUGAUGUCAUAUCCCAGCCAUGGCUUUGGCACCGCAAAGUGUGCGUCUGGCGUUGGUCUGACACACAUGUUCUCCAUGGACACCGAUGGUCUCAACAAAGUUGCGCAGCAGGGCCUCGACGGCAUGAACUUCCUGGGACUUGGGGGAAUGAUGGCAUGCAUUUGUCAGAUGGAGGAGACUUGCCAGGUUUGCAACAGCGACGGUACCAUGAAGGCGAAGACCAGUUGGCCGACAUCGAUCCAGACAUGCAUCGCCAACUGGAAGAGUAAUGUCGUGAGCAUGGCCCAGGCCCAGGCCAACGAGCCGACCACGACCACCACUAGCCUGGAUCCCACCUCUGCCCUCGGCCAGCUCUGUGCAGCUGCUCCGACCCGGAGUUUUGGGGCUACGGGGGGUGGCCCUGUGAAUAUGAUGGUGUUGGACAGGGUCGAGCAACAGAUGAUGCAGACCGUGGCAGCAGGGUGCGCGAGCAACAUGACUUGUGGCUGGUCCCCUCCAGGAACGCAUCAGAUUUGCAGUUCCUCUGCAUACUUCCCGGCGACAGAUGCCACAGGCUUGGUCACGGGGGCUGCCAAGGAGGCGAUCCUGGACAAGAUGUGCGACCCAUCGCUGCCGCUGUGGUGGAACAGCAAGAACAGCUUCAUGCCCAUUUCCUUCGAUUGCGAGUCGCGGAAGAGCAAGUAUGCCCUCUCUCGCUUCUUCGCUGGAGCCAACGACCCAGACGAUGACAAAGAAGGCGAGCGGUUCCAGCUGGGAUACGUGGAAGGCCGCACCGGCUGGUAUGCGAAGGCAGCCCUGAUUGAGGCAAGGUACGAGCGGGAGCAUGGCAGCAAGCUCCGGAUCAUGCUCUUCUCUGGCGCAACGCUGAUCGCCCAGUACCUAGGGAUCCUCUUGGUCGAUGGCUUCCUUUCCCUCGGCUCGCUGGUGUCUGUCUGGGCAUACAUGUGGCUGAUGCUGGAAAGUGUUUUCCUCGCUUCGUGCGGCAUGUUCGAGAUCAUCUUUUCCCUUCCCGUUGGAAUGUGCUUUUGGGUGCUUAUCCUGCGACAGAAGAUUUUCUGGUAUCAGAUGCUCGUGAUCUACAUGAUUCUUGGUAUCGGUGCCGAUGAUGUCUUCAUCUUCUACGAUGCUUGGUUGCAGUCCGCUCAUGCCGAAGGCGUGAGCCACAGCAAGUCCACUCGUUUUUGCUGGGCCUAUCGCAGAUCGGUGGGUGCGAUGCUUGUAACCACUCUGACCACGUGCGGCUCUUUCUUCAUCGGCGCCACCUCGCCGUUGCCCUUGGUUCAGAGCUUCUGCAUCUUCGCUGCCGUGGUCGUGCUGGUGGACUACCUCUUCUGCAUCAGCUUCUUUGCCUCGGCUGUCUUGGUUUAUGAGGAAUGGAUCAAGGGCUUCGGCUACUGCUUCCGCUGCUGCGGCAUUGAGCUCCGUGAGGCAGGCACCUGUUUGGGCCCCGGCUGCUGCUUUGGAGGCCUCCGAGCCUGCCUCACUUGCUGCGGCAGAAGCUGGAAAGUGCUGCCCAAGCCUCCCAAGCCGGAGGAUACCCCUGAGCCGCGUGCUAUGGAAAAGUUCUUCUCCGGACCUGUCUUCAGAUUUUACCAGAAUCACAAGAUCAAGCUCAUCCUUUUCUGGGUCGCCGUGGUCAUCGGUAUGGCCACAAGCGCUGGACUUCAGCUGCGCACCGCGAAGAAGAGGGCGCCCAUCGGCCGUGAGAACAUCGAUGUGAUCAAGGGCUCUGACAUCCUUUUCUCGGAGUUCGAAUUCUCGACACGCCCUGUCACCGCUUCGAUUGUCUUUGGUCUGGAGGACGAGAGCCCCGUGACCUGGGCCCGCGACAGGGAGGACUCCACAUUGAACGCUCCGAAGUUCGGUGGGGCCUCGGCCAUUGAAUUGGCACAGCCUCAAAAUCAGCUCGAGCUCCUGGCGCUCUGCACCGCUGUGGACCGGGGACAGGACGAUGCGGACACACGCUGCGGUACACGCGCGUGCCUGGCGAAAGGCUCACCUUUGCCUGGAAGCUGUGCGCAUGACGUGGAAGCUUGGCAGACCUCUGGCCUGUAUAUCCGGGCUGACGAGAGCUGUGUGACCUCUCGUUAUUGCUUCAUGGAAGACCUUCGCUACUUCUGGGCAUCCAAGCAGGGCAACUGCCAAGGCAAGAAUGCAAGCGCGUGCGAUAAUGCCGCAGGCUGCGCCUACGCAAACGGCACGCAGAGCUGCUACUCCACGACCGACCCUCUCAGCUAUUCGGGAUUGUCGGAGAGCGACUUCUUGUCGCUUCUGUCAACCGCUUCUGUGAGCGAUCCCCAGACGACGGAAUGGGAGGAAUAUAUGGAGAUGAAGGCGAACUACCUCAAGGGCAUCAAUCGUCGCUAUGAAGCAGAUUUCAUGACUCAGUACACCGGAAUCCGGCUCAACAACGCCAAAACCGCCAUUCAGUUUGCAUGGAUCAGCUACAACGCCACAUUCCCCCGCGAGAACACCGUGGAUGAGGCGAACGAGUGGUACAACCGAUGGCAGACCUUCAAGGAAACGUGGGCGCCGGAUCUUGGGGGCUUCCAGACGGCAGAGUUGUACCUGUUCCUUGUGACCCAGAACGAGAUGGUCAAGGCAGCCACCAUGGGCAUCGGACUUUCACUUCUUGUUUGCUGGAUCGUGCUGAUGUUAACCACAUGGAACUGGUGGACCUCUACCUUGGGCCUGGUUUGCAUCCUUUGUAUCACGGCGACCUUCUUGGGAGUCGUGCCACUCCUCGGAUGGAGCUUGGGCGAGAACGAGUGCAUCUUCAUGAUCGCCACGGUGGGCUUAUCCGUGGACUACACGGUGCACUUGCUUCAUGCCUACAACAACACACCUGCAAGGACACGGACUGAUCGGGCCCAUGCUGCCUUGGAAGAGAUGGGCAUUUCAGUUGCCAACUCUGCCAUUACUACCCUCUUUGCAGCAGCCAUGCUCUUCGCAUGCGGCUUCUACUUCUUCUUCCAGUUCGGUGGCUUUAUCUUCAUGGUGAUCGGACUGUCCAUCCUCAUGUCCACGAAUUUCCUCAUGCCCCUGCUGAUGCUGAUCGGCCCGGAACAUGAUCAAGGCGACAUGCGCUGCCUCUGCCCCUUCUUGAAGCAAGGAGACAGGAUGGAGAAAAUGAGAGUCCCCAAGAGCAGCGAGUGA